AGCACCUCUGUUCUUGUCCUUCGUCCUCUGAGCUCAUCACUGCUGGGUUGAAGAACUGGUGCAAGAUGCGUGAGUGUAUUUCUGUCCACGUUGGCCAGGCUGGUGUGCAGAUUGGCAAUGCAUGCUGGGAGCUGUACUGUCUAGAGCAUGGAAUUCAGCCAGAUGGGCAGAUGCCCAGUGACAAAACCAUCGGAGGUGGAGAUGACUCCUUUAAUACCUUCUUCAGUGAAACAGGAGCUGGGAAACAUGUGCCUAGGGCUGUGUUUGUGGAUCUAGAACCCACUGUAAUUGAUGAGGUUCGGACCGGCACAUAUCGUCAGCUCUUCCACCCAGAACAACUGAUCACUGGAAAGGAAGAUGCUGCUAAUAACUAUGCCCGUGGGCACUACACGAUUGGCAAGGAGAUAAUUGACUUGGUGUUGGACAGGAUCCGGAAGCUGGCUGACCAAUGCACAGGCCUCCAAGGAUUCCUCAUCUUCCACAGCUUUGGGGGAGGCACUGGCUCAGGAUUCACCUCUCUACUGAUGGAACGACUUUCUGUUGACUAUGGCAAGAAGUCCAAGCUGGAAUUCUCCAUUUAUCCUGCUCCUCAGAUAUCAACAGCUGUGGUGGAGCCCUACAAUUCCAUCCUCACCACACAUACCACCCUUGAGCACUCAGAUUGUGCUUUCAUGGUGGACAAUGAAGCCAUCUAUGAUAUCUGCCGCCGGAAUCUAGACAUUGAACGCCCAACUUACACAAACUUGAACAGGUUGAUUGGCCAGAUUGUGUCCUCCAUCACUGCCUCCCUGCGCUUUGAUGGAGCUCUCAAUGUAGACCUGACAGAGUUUCAGACCAACUUAGUGCCCUACCCACGCAUCCACUUCCCUCUGGCCACGUAUGCCCCAGUCAUCUCUGCGGAAAAGGCCUAUCACGAACAGCUCUCUGUGGCUGAGAUCACAAAUGCUUGUUUUGAGCCAGCCAAUCAAAUGGUGAAAUGUGACCCCCGCCAUGGCAAAUACAUGGCCUGCUGCCUCUUGUACCGAGGUGAUGUGGUGCCCAAGGAUGUCAAUGCUGCUAUUGCUACCAUUAAAACAAAGCGCACAAUCCAAUUUGUGGAUUGGUGUCCCACAGGCUUCAAGGUAGGCAUCAACUACCAACCCCCCACUGUGGUUCCUGGUGGAGACCUUGCCAAGGUGCAGCGGGCAGUGUGUAUGCUGAGCAACACCACAGCCAUUGCUGAGGCCUGGGCCCGCCUGGACCACAAGUUUGACCUAAUGUACGCCAAGCGGGCCUUUGUCCACUGGUAUGUGGGGGAAGGCAUGGAAGAAGGGGAGUUCUCUGAGGCACGGGAAGACAUGGCUGCCCUGGAGAAGGAUUAUGAAGAGGUGGGAACAGAUACUAUUGAGGGAGAAGGAGAAGAAGAAGAAGGUGAUGAGUAUUAGUGCCACCAAGACCGCUUGGUGUAUGGGAAUAAAUAUUUCCAUUACUCUAGUGCUUGAGGAUUCUCUUCCCAAAAUAAAUGUCACUAAUUUGUGGUUUUUUUGUUUACUGACUUGCUACUUAAACAACCUUUCUUUACCUAUCUGGCCUGUUAGAAGAAAGACAUUGAAUGCCAUAAGGUUACAGCUUCCUCUUAGGCAAAUGACAUUGUGACACCUGGGAGGUCUGAUUCAAGGAAAACAACUGCCCAGCUCCCUGUGAAUUGUAAUUCUGGUUGACACUUCAUCGAAUUAAAAUGCCUGGAUGGCAGCAGUUAAAAGUGAGAUUGGGACUACAUGAACCAAAAGUUAGCAAAUAAGGUGUUAACUCACACUUUCCCAAACAAAUGGCCUUAUGUGGACUUUCCCCCUCUCACAUCCUUUUUUUAUUAAAGUCAUUUUUAUCGAAUGGGUUAACAUACAUUCCUUUAAAAUAUACAAUUUCAUUUACCCUUCAAAUUGAUAUAUAUGCCCCCCCAUCCCUCCCCCCUCCCCCUUUUCCCUUUUUGACUUCCAACAGCACUAGAACCCCUUUAUUUCUUAUCAUUACCUCUAUUCACACUAUAGUCCCUAUUAUCAAAGGUAAAGUUCAUAUACAUUCUCCACACCUCUUAGUAGUUCUCUAAAGUCCACAAUUGUCCUCUCACAUCCCACUUAUUUUCCAGAUAGUCCUUAAAUUUCCUCCAAUCAGUUAGAAAUUCAUUUGGAUUUUGCUCCCUCAACUUUCUCGUCAUUUUGUCCAUCUCCACUAUGUACAACAAUUUUUGAAUCCAUUCUUCCACUUCUGGUAUGUCUUCUUGUUUCCAGUAUUGUGCAUACAAUAUUCUUGCUGCUACAGUCAUAUAAAAUAACAGUGUCCAGUCUCCCAUAUUUACUUUUUGCAUAUUUAGUCCUAGCAACAACAUUUCCGGGCUCUUCAACAAAUUACAUUUCAUAAUUGACCUCAUUUCCAUAUAAAUCUUAGACCAAAAUUUUUUGGCCUUAUCACAAGUCCACCACAUGUGGUAAAAAGAGCCCUCAUGUUUUUUACACUUCCAACAUUUAUUUGACAUGUCACUGUUUGCAUUUGCUAAUUUUUUCAGCUUUAAAUACCAUCUGUAGAUCAUCUUAUAUCCAUUCUCUUUCAAAUUGUUACAUAUAGAUGUCUUCAGUGUGUUCCUCCAUAAAAAUUCCCAAUUCUCCAUUGUAACAUCUUUCUUAAAGUUUAUUGCCCAUUUUACCAUUUGUGUUUUAACUACCUCAUCUUGUGCGUACCAUUUCAAUAAAAUUUUAUACAUUUUAGAAA